AUACAUAAAAAAAAAACUGUCAAACUUGUUACCGACUGAGCUAUGUCUCCUAGUGUGUCUGUUUAUAAUUUUUAGCGAUUAAAAAAAUUAAUAACCUCAUCAAAAGUGGCCCCAUCGAAUUGAAAAUUUGGUUGUAAUCAUCAUUGUAAAUCAAACGAGAACUCGUUAGAUACCAAUACGAUCGUAUAGAACAUCCGCAUACCCAGAAAAUGAUCCCUACGGCUUUAAUUACGGACGCACGGUUGUUGCACCAGUAAUGUUUAAGUCAUGUCCGUGCGAGUAAGCUUCGAAAUAGGCCACGAGGCUUCCAUACGCACAAAAAAGACAGUCGAAGGGUUUACACACGACUGGGAAGUUUAUGUACGAGGCUGUGACGGGACUCAGCUUCCCUACUUUGUUGAGAAAGUCGUUUUUCAUUUACACGAAACAUUUCCCAAUCCAAAAAGAGUUAUUAAACAACCACCUUAUGUGGUUAAAGAAAGUGGAUAUGCUGGAUUUGUUUUGCCUAUUGAAAUUUAUAUCAAACAUGAUCAAAAAAGGGUUAAGUUUCAGUACGAUUUGACUUUACAAACUUCUGGACCAGCUGUACGUAACUUACAAAAAGAAAUUUAUGUGUUUAGAAAUCCUGUGGAUGAAUUAAAAAGUUGUUUGAUUAAAGGGGGAGGAGUGGUAGUUAAUUCAAACAGCACUUAUGACUCGUUAGACUCGAGAAAUUCAUUAGAAUCAAAAAAUGAGUUAGUGAAUAAGCCAAAAUUAAGCGGCGCAGAUAUGGCAAUGAAAAAGCAUCGAAAUCGAAUGGAUAUGGAUCAAAGAUCUUCGAAUAGUUUUCAAGAUCUCUUUGGGACGCCAAUCACAAAAACAAAUAAAGUUUUUUCAGAUCCAAAAAGCACAAUUUCAAAAGAUUCGUCGAUGAAUAAAACUGUAUCGAGUAUGAACUCAUCAAAUAGUAAACUGGAGAAAGACAGCAGGGAUAAAAAUAAAGAUAAAAGUAAACUUAGUCCUAAUAAAGAUAGAGAAAAAGAUCGUGAGAAAGAUGUUGAUAAACGAAAAUCUGAUAAAAUGGAUUCUGAUAGACGAAAAGAACGAGAAGAGAAAAAAAAUAAAGAUAAAAAUAGAGAUAGGGCUCACAGUAAAGAGAAAUUGAAGAGGUCUCCGAGACCAUCAAGUCCGAAAAGGCCACCGAGUCCUCCAGCACCAAUUAGAUAUAAAGAAAAAGAGGAGAAAAGAGAAUCAGGAAAAGAAAGAGAGAGAAAAGACAAGUCUGAUGAGAAAAAUGAUAAGAGAGGAAAGAAAGAGAAAAGAGAUAAAGAACAUAAAGAAAAUAGAAGUCGGGAAAGGGAUGGUUCGCAAAAGCCACAAAUGGAUCAUUCACACAAAAGUAAAGAAAAAAAUAGGGAAAGUCCUGGAAAUGGUAGCAAAAAACUGGAAAGAAAAGAAAAAAAGGAUAAAGAUAAAGAAGAAAAAGAACAAAAAGAAAAAUCUAAAUCAAUAACGCCAGAUAGAAUAAUCGAGAAAAAACUAGAAAAAGAAAAACAUAAACACAAAAAGAAAGAUAAAGAAAAAAAAGAUAAAGAUAGAGACAAAAAAAGAGAAAGAUCAAAAGAAAAGGAAAAACCUGUGAUAAGAAAAGAAGAACAACAACCGCCCAAAAUUGAAUUAAAAGAUGAAAUCAAAGAAAGUUUAUUCGCAUCAGCAAAGAAUAUCGAUGAAAAUCAAAAGAAACAAAAAACAUCUUCUCAUUCAUUAUUUUCAGAAGAACAUUCGAACAGUUCUUUAAGUAGUAAAGAAGAUUCGUUUACAGAGUCCCAAAGGGAAGUGUCACUUUUCGAACCGACGUCGAAAAAAACUAAAUUAGAGAUCGGCGAGAAAUCGUCGAAAAAGGAAAAAUCGAAGAAAAGUAAAGAUAAGAAAGCCGAUAAAGAAGAAAAAAGGAGGAAACGGAAAUUAGAUCGUGAACAACCGGCGGAAGAGCCGCCGGAAAAAGAAUUAAAACCCGAAGAUUCUCGUCCGGAACCUUCGGAUUCCGAACAAAGCCCGUCGCGACCUCAAAGCGAUCUUGAUAAAGAAAAUCAAGAAAAUCCCGAGGAAUAUAUGGAGGUUUUAAAAGAUUUACAAACAAAAAUUGUUAAUUUAAGGGAUAAUAGUGAACUUCAAAGGGUUGUGCAAUUGAUUGCGCAAACUGGAAGAUAUGAAGUGUCUCAAAAUACGUUUGAUUUUGAUCUGUGCCUGUUGGAAAAAUCCACCGUUAAGCAGUUACAGGAGUUUUUUGCUAGUUCUUAACGCUGAAAUUUUGCCAUAAAUGCAGUGUUAACAACGAAAAGCAGCUGGAUCAUUUUUUUAAGUUAUUUAUUCUUGUACAUAGUUUAUUUAUGUACCAAUAGGCUAAUAGUGUGUAAAUACGCAUAGAAGUACAUAAUAUUUAUUAGAUAUAUAUAUAUAUUUUUAUUACUGUUUUUCGGAAUCGUGUGUGCGUUGGGCCCCAUUUUCCGAUCGUUAUUGUUACCCUCCGAAUGAUCACGAUUUAACAAGAGAAUUAGGAAUAUAGCACAUUUAAAAAGAAAAAUUUUUUAACGCGGAAGAUCGGAUCGAAAGAACAGUUUUGUUCCUUUUUUCUUGAAUGUGUGUUUUGAUUUAACAAUUUUUUUAUUAGAGAUCUUGACAAAUGUAAUUAUUAAUUUUAUUUAUUAAUUUUUCGCCUUUUUAUUUAGUUAAUUUUGUGAUAGUAUUCGUACUAAUUAAUUAACUUCUCCGUCUGUUCGAAGAUGAUUAUUGACAAGAAAAGAAUUUUUGAUAAUCGCCUUGAUUUUUAAUUCUAAAUAAAAUUAGUUAUUAAGGCAGCGAAAUAUUUCGAAUAUUAAUAUGACAACUUUGAAAUAAUGCACAGAGACUGGAUUGAUUUGUAUAAAUGUUAUAAUUGUUAUAUAAAUUAUCGAGUUGAAAUCAAA